UUCUUGUCCAGGAACUUCUCUAUGCAAUUAAUUUCAGUCUCGGGUCAUCUCGUCAUCCUAGCUGCUUCCACUCACGAUUUUUUCCCUGCCCUGUCUUGCCCUUUAGUCUUUAAUCCGAUUCCUCGUUCUUGGACCUUCGGUCCUCCACUCGCCACUCGUGGCCGGUGGUGCGCAACAGGGGCGUCUCGCACCGUGGCUGAUGUGGCGAGUGGGAUCGUAUCGCAUUUUUCACCGAUGUCGCCAGGUCAUUGGAGAAAUGGGACUCGCAAUUACAGCCCAAUAAGAUUUGCAAUGACAAUCAUCACCUCAAAUGGCAGUGGGAGAAGAUGAGGGAGAAGGCCUGCCUCGAAUCAUCGAUCCUCAAACUCCUCUUCUAUGCCUCCACCAUCUCUUCUUCCAUGCCGCCCUCUCAACCGGCCUCCUCUUUCUCUUCUCCCCAUGAUCAUCCUCUCCCCUUUCCUUUAAGCUUGCUUUUUCUUGUCUCACUGAAAACGCGGCUAGCCACGUAACUCAACAUGAAUGGUGUACGAACAGUGCGCUUUGAGAAUUUGCACUGAAUAAGGAGUUUUUUUUUUU